AUGAACUUUUGGGAUCCCUAUUUUGAUGAGACUCCUGCCAAAAAUUGGUCCACUUUUCAGUUCCAUAAAAAUUGGGUCAAUGUUCACAAAAAUGAGCCUGAACAACUAACUUAUAGAAAGGCCAUGGACACGUUUUUUAAGAGUCUUCGUGCGAUCAUCAACCGAAGUUCUGAUCUCCCAAAAAUUUGGAAAGCUAACGAACUUUUAAACAGCUGUCAGGCAAGUACUAUUUCCACCUAUCCUUCUGAUGAUCUUUUAGAUCGUUGUGGUUGUGGCAUCCAUAACAAGGAAGACACAACUUUUAGUUGUCCUUCUGAUGAUCUUUUAGAUCGUUAUGAUAUAUUAAUCGCAUUUUUCCUUUGCCCUUUAUGUCAGAACAAGAAUCAACGUAAAGCAGGAAGCAACAUGGAUAAUUUAUGGCUCGACAUUGGAAAAACUCUUAAAGAAAAGAAUAUUAACUCAUUAGAGAUACCGAUAAAAAAAGGACCUAAUGAGUUGAAACAGCGAUUGGAUUUUGAAACUGAAGAUAAGGAGAACACGGUUGGUGGUUCAUAUAAACGCCGACGUACAGAAGGCGGAAAUCUGGAACAUUCGGAUAACGAAAACUUUCUUAAUGCUGUAAAAAGUAAUGAUAACGAGAAUGAAUUGGAAAGACAAGCCGAGGAAACCAUCCAGUAUAAUGGAAAAAUGUGGAUCGUAGGUAACACGAAAAUCAAUAUUCGUGAUGUAUUAACGGAAUGGCAGAAGCGAAUAGGACGACCGCGCGCCGAUCUAGCGUUUUAUGAUAUUAUAGACCUUACUCCCGGUUCAAAUAGUGACUUUAUACGAUCCCUGCCUAUUGACGCAAUGUAUGAGAUGAAGCAGUUUGGAUCAGAAGAACAGCAAACUGUCACGGAUAAUGUGAAAGAGCUAAUUAUUAAAUUCAUUAAAGUAUAUAGGGCGGACGACUUACGCAAGAUUGUUGACGAGAGCUAUCUAGAAACCCGAAAAAAUGAUACUUUGAAAUUCGUAUGGGACUUUACGAAUCUUCUUGCGGAAUCAAUUGAAAGAGACGAUGACCUUGCAGACUAUGAUUUGUCCGAACUAGCGUACCGAGAAAUUUUUUUGGCACCUGCUAUUCGUA